AUGGCAGUCCUCGGUUCUGACUGUUUUUCUGUUUUUUAUUUAUUUUCAUCGUUCGAAAUGAAUGAAAUUCAUAAAUAUCCGGGAUAUGUCCAAUGUUUUAAUAUUCCUAUUACUAUUCUUACUGCUAUUCUACUCUACGAAUACGAGUUAGUUGAUAUGUCUGAUGUAUGGGACAACAACACUGUGUUCGCGAUUUAUACUUUUUGUAUUCUUAUGCUGGUAUUUAUUGCAUUGAGCAAAUCGAACGGAUCAGUGACGGAAACUGGAAAUCUGGGAAAAAUCAAACGAAACUACAUCAUUGGGUCUUAUGGAAUGUCUCAUCUGAAUUUGUUGGCAUUAUUAUCUUUUUACUAUUUUCAAAGGAGCCCAUUGGUCUCCUACUUCGCGUUCUUCAUUUCCAAUUCAUUAACUGCCGGGCUCUAUUUCAAGUACAUUUGGGGAGUGCAAUCAUUAUGUCGUGAGAUGAAGUGCAGGCAUGGAUGGAAGGAUGUUUUCGAUGCGUGGGGUCUUUGGAUGCUCACUCCAAUUGGAGUUCUCGGUGUCUCAAUUUACAUGAAUACAGAGUAUGGUCACGUGUUGAAGGUGUGGUUAGCUGCAUUCUUCUACUUCCCAUCACUUUUUCUCAAUUACAAAACAUACUUGGCAGCCAGUGACGGACAAAUUAAACUUGCGGACAAAUUAAACAAAUUAAACUUGAAAUUCUACGAAUACGAAGUAUUUGACCUUACCGAUGAAUGGCACAGAUAUACUCUAUUCGGGAUUUUCCGACAAUUGUUCUCUACGGUUCCCUUUUUGUAAUCGCCAAAUCGCGCCGAUGGGGCUUCGAAUCGACAUGUGAAAGAGGAGAUUUAGAAGAUUUCAAAUGGAGUUACAUGAAGGGAACGCAUACAAUCAGUUUUCUCAGUUUUAUGGCUCUGCUAUGCUUUUAUAAUUUCCAGAGGUCACCAAUGACGACGUACUUCGCGUUUUUCGUUUGCAAUGUGCUGACUGCUUUGGUUUAUUUCUUGUUCAUUCACGAGAUGGAACCAUUGUGCCGUAACAUGCAAUGCAAUGAUGGAUGGAAAAAUGUUUGUGGAUCGUGGUUUCACAUGUUCCUUGUGCCAAUCGGAGUGCUCUGUGUAGCAAUGUACGCUGGAGAUUAUACCUACGUGUUGAAGGAUUGGGUACCUGCUCUCUACUACAUACCAGCAAUUCUUCUUAAUUACAAAACAUACUGGGCAGUUUUGAGAGGAGAAAUUGAGCUUGUUAAACCGAUCGAGAAUAUCCGUCCAAUGGAGGCAAAUGUCAAAUUAAUGUAUCAGGAUGCACAUGCAAAAUGGAUCAAAACCUCAAUGAUUCAUAUUCGGAAUUAG